AUGGGUGAUCGGUCAUUAGCUUCUCGACAGGCUGUUUGCAGAGUGCUCCAUAACCUUUGUCCACAGGGGCUGUCCGGGAGCGAGCAGGCACUGAGGAGGCACCGAGGAGGCACCGAGGAGGCACCGAGGAGGCACCGAGGAGGCAGAGGAGGCACCGAGGAGGCAGCGAGGAGGCACCAAGGAGGCAGAGGAGGCACCGAGGAGGCACAGAGGAGGCAGAGGAGGCACCGAGGAGGCAGAGGAGGCACCGAGGAGGCGCAGAGGAGGCACCGAGGAGGCGCAGAGGAGGCACCGAGGAGGCAGCGAGGAGGCACCGAGGAGGCACCGAGGAGGCAGAGGAGGCACCUAGGAGGCACCGAGGAGGCAGAGGAGGCACCGAGGAGGCAGAGGAGGCACCGAGGAGGCAGAGACGGCACCGAGGAGGCACCGAGGAGGCAGAGGAGGCACCGAGGAGGCACCGCAGAGGCACCGAGGAGGCACCGAGGAGGCACAGAGGAGGCAGUGAGGAGGCACCGAGGAGGCACCGCAGAGGCACCGAGGAGGCAGCGAGGAGGCAGUGAGGAGGCACCGAGGAGGCAGCGAGGAGGCAGAGGAGGCACCGCAGAGGCACCGAGGAGGCACCGCAGAGGCACCGAGGAGGCAGAGGAGGCACCGAGGAGGCACCGAGGAGGCAGCGGGGAGACAGCAAGGAGGCAGCGAGGAAGCACCAAGGAGGAACCGAGGAGGCAGCGAGGAGGCAGUGAGGAGGCAGCAGAGGAGGCACCGAGGAGGCACCGAGGAGGCACCGAGGAGGCACCGAGGAGGCACCGAGGAGGCACCGAGGAGGCAGAGGAGGCACCGAGGAGGCACCGAGGAGGCACCGAGGAGGCAGAGGAGGCACCAAGGAGGCACCGAGGAGGCACCGAGGAGGCACCGCAGAGGCACCGAGGAGGCAAAGAGGAGGCAGCGAGGAGGCACAGAGGAGGCAGUGAGGAGGCACGAGGAGGCAGCGAGGAGGGCAGCGAGGAAGCAGCGAGGAAGCACCAAGGAGGAACCGAGGAGGAACCGAGGAGGCAGCGAGGAGGCAGCGAGGAGGCAGCGAGGAGGCAGCGAGGAGGCAGCGAGGAGGCACCGCAGAGGCACCGAGGAGGCACCGCAGAGGCACCGAGGAGGCACCGAGGAGGCACCGAGGAGGCAGUGAGGAGGCACCAAGGAGGCACCGAGGAGGCACCGAGGAGGCAGAGGAGGCACCGAGGAGGCACCGAGGAGGCACCGAGGAGGCAGAGGAGGCACCAAGGAGGCACCGAGGAGGCACCGAGGAGGCACCGCAGAGGCACCGAGGAGGCAAAGAGGAGGCACCGAGGAGGCAAAGAGGAGGCAGCGAGGAGGCACAGAGGAGGCAGUGAGGAGGCAGUGAGGAGGCAGAGGAGGCACCGAGGAGGCACCGCAGAGGCACCGAGGAGGCAAAGAGGAGGCAGCGAGGAGGCAGCGAGGAGGCAGCGAGGAAGCAGCGAGGAAGCACCAAGGAGGAACCGAGGAGGAACCGAGGAGGCAGCGAGGAGGCAGCGAGGAGGCAGCGAGGAGGCACCGCAGAGGCACCGAGGAGGCACCGCAGAGGCACCGAGGAGGCACCGAGGAGGCACCGAGGAGGCAGUGAGGAGGCAGCCGAGGAGGCACCAAGGAGGCACCGAGGAGGCACCGAGGAGGCAGAGGAGGCACCGAGGAGGCACCGAGGAGGCACCGAGGAGGCACCGAGGAGGCACCGAGGAGGCAGAGGAGGCACCAAGGAGGCACCGAGGAGGCACCGAGGAGGCACCGCAGAGGCACCGAGGAGGCAAAGAGGAGGCAGCGAGGAGGCACAGAGGAGGCAGUGAGGAGGCAGUGAGGAGGCAGAGGAGGCACCGAGGAGGCACCGCAGAGGCACCGAGGAGGCACCGCAGAGGCACCGAGGAGGCAAAGAGGAGGCAGCGAGGAGGCAGCGAGGAGGCAGCGAGGAAGCAGCGAGGAAGCACCAAGGAGGAACCGAGGAGGAACCGAGGAGGCAGCGAGGAGGCACCGCAGAGGCACCGAGGAGGCACCGAGGAGGCACCGAGGAGGCACCGAGGAGGCACCGAGGAGGCACCGAGGAGGCAUGAGGAGGCACCGAGGAGGCAGAGGAGGCACCAAGGAGGCACCGAGGAGGCACCGAGGAGGCACCGCAGAGGCACCGAGGAGGCAAAGAGGAGGCAGCGAGGAGGCACAGAGGAGGCAGUGAGGAGGCACCAAGGAGGCAGAGGAGGCACCGAGGAGGCAGAGGAGGCACCGAGGAGGCAGAGGAGGCACCGAGGAGGCACCGAGGAGGCAGAGGAGGCACCGAGGAGGCACCGAGGAGGCACCGCAGAGGCAGCGAGGAGGCAAAGAGGAGGCAGCGAGGAGGCACAGACGAGGCAGCGAGGAGGCAGCGAGGAGGCAGCGAGGAGACAGCGAGGAGGCAGCGAGGAGACAGCGAGGAGGCACCGAGGAGGCACCGAGGAGGCAGAGGAGGCACCGAGGAGGCACCGAGGAGGCACCGCAGAGGCACCGCAGAGGCACCGAGGAGGCAAAGAGGAGGCAGCGAGGAGGCACAGACGAGGCAGCGAGGAGGCAGCGAGGAGGCAGCGAGGAGGCAGCGAGGAGGCAGUGAGGAGGCACCGAGGAGGCAGCAAGGAGGCAGAGGAGGCACCGCAGAGGCACCGCAGAGGCACCGCAGAGGCACCGAGGAGGAAAGAGGAGGCAGCGAGGAGGCACAGAGGAGGCAGUGAGGAGGCAGCGAGGAGGCACAGAGGAGGCAGAGGCAGCGAGGAGGCACCGAGGAGGCAGCGAGGAGGCAGCGAGGAGGCACCGAGGAGGCACCGCAGAGGCACAGAGGAGGCAGUGAGGCGGCAGCGAGGAGGCACCGAGGAGGCAAAGAGGAGGCAGCGAGGAGGCACAGAGGAGGCAGUGAGGAGGCAGCGAGGAGGCACAGAGGAGGCACAGAGGAGGCAGCGAGGAGGCACCGAGGAGGCAGCGAGGAGGCACCGAGGAGGCAGCGAGGAGGCAGCGAGGAGGCACCGAGGAGGCACCGCAGAGGCACAGAGGAGGCACCGAGGAGGCAGCGAGGAGGCAGCGAGGAGGCACCGAGGAGGCACCGCAGAGGCACAGAGGAGGCACCGCAGAGGCACAGAGGAGGCACAGAGGAGGCAGCGAGGAGGCACAGGCUGUGUGUGA